AUGAAACAACAUCUUGCUGGCGUGAAAGGUAAUACAGAUGCAUGUUCAGAGAUUCUAGGAGAUGUGCGAUUCAAGAUAUUGAACGCAUUAAAAAAAAUUGAGAACAAGAAGAAGAAGCAUAUUGUUUUGGAUGAUAUGAACGACGGUCCUGAAAUUCAAAAUGGUGAUGGAGAUGAUAUCGAAGGUGAUGUUCGUCCAAGUCAAAAGAGGAAGAAAAAAGAUGGAUGGAAGGAUACAAAACAACCGCUGGUUAAUUUCUUAGUUUAUAUUCCUAAAGGAAUUACAUUUCUCAAGUCAGUUGAUGCUUCUAAUAUCUAUGCAAGUGCUGAGAAUUUAUGUAACUUGUUUGCUGAAUUAGUGGGUAUGGUCGGUUCAGAAAAUGUAGUUCAUUUUGUAACUAAUAGUGCACCGAACUACAAAGCUGCUGGAAAGCUUCUCGCUGAAAAAAAAAGACCUGGUUGGAGAGAGAUCAUUCAAGCUGGAGAAACACGGUUUGCUACAACUUUCAUUUCUCUACAAAGUCUCUAUCAACAUAAAGAAGAUCUACAAGCUUUGGUUACAAGUACAUAUGCUGAACUCAAGCAGCUUUUCAAGACGUCUAAAGCAAAGGAUGCUAAAUUGAUUAUCUUGGAUGAGCGAUUGUGGAAUGAAUGCUUGAUAAUCGUCAAGAUUAUGACUCCUAUCAUUCGAUUGUUACGCAUUUGUGAUGCUGAUGAGAAGCCUUCUUUGUCAAGGUGGAAUCGUAUGUUACGCCAUGAUCUUCAUGCUGCAGCGUACUAUUUGAACCCGAGUUUCAUGUAUGACCAAACUUUAAUUUGUGAGAAGCCUGAAGUUAUGAGUGGGUUGAUGAGCUUAAUUGGGAAGCAAUCAGAGAAUAGCAAAACGAAGCUCGUUCAAGAGCUUAGGUUUUAUAGAGAACGCGAAGGCAGCUUUUCUCCUGAUAUGGCUCUUACUUGCAGCAAAACAUCUCAGCCGGAGUUUUGGAUCAUUGAAGACGAAGAAGAAGAAGAAGGUGAACUUGAAUAUGAUGAAUUAGAGAAUGCUCUUGCUGAGGAAUAUCCCAAAGAUCAUGAAGACGCACACCCUGAAAAGUCUAAUGAUGUUUCAGAUUUUGAUGAAGAUUUCACUAUGCCGGCUGAAGAAUACGAAGGGAAUGGUGAUAGAGACAACCAAGAUUGGUCGUUGUGA